AUGGACCGCGAGCUUGCGACCAAGGAGGCGGCGCUCGCCGAGGUCGAGCACGAGAUGCAGCUGCUCCUGCAGCGGCAGAUGGAGCUCCAAGAAGAGAUUGAUGCGCUGCGACGGCGCCGGAAGCGCCAGAAGACAUCGGCGCCAGAGCCCACCGACGCCAUCGAGGCCACCGCGCCCGUCGUCGUGACGCCGGCGACGCUGGCCGCGACGCUUCAGCACGAGUUUCACCUCGAGGCCUUUCGCCCGACGCAAGAAGCCGUGAUCCAGACCACGCUAUGCAAGCAAGACGCGUUUGUCAUCAUGCGCAGCGGUGGUGGCAAGAGUCUCUGCUACCAGCUUCCCGCUGUGCUCGAAAAGGCAGCUGGCUUUACGGUCGUCGUUUCGCCGCUCGUCUCGCUCAUCCACGACCAAGUACGUCAACGCUGCAUCCGUUCUAUAUCUUUUUUGCACUUUUGCCGCAUCUACGGCGACGGCGCCGCGUGCACGCUCACGGGCGAGACGUCGCGCCAAGACGCGUCAGCCAUUUACGCGCGUCUCGUCGGCAAAGACGAGACGCCGCUCUUGCUGCUCUUUGUGACGCCCGAGAAGAUCUCGGGCAGCAAGUUGCUCAUGUCGCGCCUUGAGAAGGCGUACCACGCCAAGCGGCUCCAGCGCUUCGUCAUUGACGAGGCCCACUGCUGCAGCCAGUGGGGCCACGAUUUCCGUCACGAUUAUGCCAAGCUCGGGAUCCUCAAGCGCCAGUUCCCGGUCGUGCCCGUGCUCGCACUCACGGCGACCGCGACGCCGUCGGUCAUUGACGACGUCAAGAAGCUCCUCGAGAUCCCGCACUGCGCGUUCUUCCACACGUCGUUUCUGCGCUCGAAUUUGCAUUAUGAAGUCCGACGCAAGGACGCCUCGGACGCGAUCGCGACGCAGGACCUCGUGCGCUGCGUGCAGGCGUUCGCGCCGACCUCGGCCGGCAUCGUCUACUGCCUCAGUCGCAAGGAAACCGAGACGUUGGCUACCGCGCUCGCCGACGCUGGUGUCGCCGCAGGGUACUACCACGCCCAGCACCCCGACCGCCAUGCAGUGCACACGGCGUGGGUCGCGGGCGACCUCCAAGUCAUGGUGGCGACGAUCGCGUUCGGCCUCGGCAUCAACAAGCCAGACGUGCGCUUCGUCAUCCACGCCACCUUGUCCAAGUCGCUCGAAGGCUACUACCAAGAAUCGGGCCGCGCCGGCCGCGACGGUGCCCCGGCCCACUGCGUUUUGUACUACCGACCGAUGGACGUGCCCCGGGUCGCUGCGCUCGUCCACGCCGAGCGCGACGGCCCCGCCAACUUUACGUCGAUCGUGAGCUACUGCAGCGAGCGCGCGACGUGCCGAAAAGUGCACAUGGGCGCGUACUUUGCCGAAACGAUCGACGCGUGCGGCCAGUCGUGCGACAUUUGCGACGGCGCCCCGCCCACGACGUCGAUCCCGAGCACGGACCAAGCCCAGCACGUGCUCGCGACGCUGCAAUCGGCCAAGACCAAAGAGAAGCGGUUUACGCUCAAGCAGCUCGUCGACGAGUGCCUCUUGACGAAGCGAGGCCUCCAAUGGCCCGAGACGGACGCCAAGAAGGUUCCCAAGGGGGUGCUGCGAGAUGGCAUCGAAGCCUGGCUCGUCCAGCUCGUCCAAAAGCGCGUGCUGCGGUGGGAAUUUUCCUUCACCGCGUAUGCCACCAACACGUACGUGGCGGCCGACUACUUGGCGGCCAAGGUACUGCGCGGCGACCUCGAAGAUGUCCCACGCUUGACGCUGCCAUGCCAAGUGGAGGACGACCGACGCCUCCACUUGACGAUGCUUCGACAGAAGUUGAGCGAUGCGCGGCGGGUGCCACCGUGCAGCCUCUGGAAGCACGCGCAAGCCGAGGCAGUCUUGGCCCUAACGCCGCCCGUUACCCUUGCCGCUGUCGACGCUAUCGUCGGUGCCAACUGCGCCCGCGACGUGUUCGUCAUCGUGGGGUCGUCGUCGUCUGCGACACGUGACGCGCCAACCACAGACAACUUGAUUGACUUGACGGACGGCUAAGGCAGCAUCAUCACCAUUGGCAGCCGC